AUGAGAUUACGUCUUAAUUUAACCUUAAAAGAUCUUGCCUAUCGUUUUGAAGUUAGUAACUCAACAAUUUCUUCAGUAUUUAUUGAACUAACAGAUGUCUUAUUUAUUUAUUUACGUCAACUCAUAAAAUGGCCUGCACGUGAACAGCUAUGGAAAACUACACCUAGUUGUUUUCGGAAACAUUUUGGUACAAAGGUAGUUGUAAUAAUUGAUUGUUUUGAAGUUUUUACACAUAAACCUACAAACCUUUUAGCCAGAGCACAAACAUUUUCAAGUUACAAACAUCACAAUACAGUGAAGUUUUUGGUCGGUGUUACUCCACAAGGUGUUAUUAGUUUUAUUUCAAAGGCAUGGGGCGGUAGAACUAGUGAUAAGCAUCUCACUGAAAAUUGUAAAAUUCUUAAUUACCUGUUACCGGGGGAUAUUGUAAUGGCCGAUAGAGGUUUCAAUAUUGAGGAAUCUGUUGCUGUUUAUUGUGCCUCAGUAAAAAUACCAGCUUUUACUAAAGGAAAACGACAGCUUGACUCAAUUGAUGUAGAACAAACACGUCAUAUUGCAUCAGUGAGAAUUCAUGUAGAACGAGUAAUAGGAAAUCUUAAAAAUUAG